AGUGUGUUCGUGGGAGGAGUCUGUUGGCUACUUAAGCUCCUCCCACGCCGGGUUCUGAGUGUCGGACGUCACUUCCGGUUUCCGUGCAGAGAGCGGCGGCGUGUGAUCCCUUCUGUCAUACAGAAAGCCAGAGUGGAGGAUCACGAAGAGCCAGCGAGCAGCUCAAUCGAUAUUUCGGAGGAAUUGACUUGUCUGCUGUGCAGUGGGCUCUGGAAGGAUCCUGUUAUGGUGGAAUGUGGCUUCAUAGACAAGGCCUUGGUGGGUAAGGAGCCCUUUAUGUGCCCCGGGUGUAAGGAAGAAAUAACGGAGAAAAGAUGCACUAGGAACAGAGACCUGGCCAACCUGGUGAAGACUGCUGGGGUGUCUACUCCAGGAACAACUCCAGCAAAGACCAUAGCGAAGGAAAAUAUUCCACCUCGUGAGAACUGUCAUGAGCAUGGCGAGGGGCUUAACAUUUUUUGCAAGGAUGACGGAGACUCUAGGGAUGCCUUAUCUGUCAAAUGUCUACGAAACAUGCCAACCACGUCUUCCUUCCCAUCCUGGAGGCGAUGGGUGUGUUCCAGAGCCUAAGGAGGUUUGGAUCGUCGGCAACUAUUGGGUGAGCCGGGCCAAGAAAAGAUCAUCUGACAACCUGGGACUCGCUGUAAAUCAAUAUUAUGUGCGAUGGAUUGCUUAUUGCACAUUGCAAUGGGGUGAUGCAAUUAGAGACAUGAGGCAGUGUGGGGGGGGUAUUGCAGUGUGG